AUAGCUAUGAUCCUUGUAGUAUCUCAGCAUUAAUAGAUUUUACCUACUCUAAAUCGAGCUCGAGCAUACUAGAUGAAGAAUGUCCAAAGAAAUGUGACGAAGAAAAAAUACUUGGAAUGAACACAAAAAUCCAACAAGACUGUAAGGACGAAUUACAGCAAGCUUUUGAAGCACCAAUUAGUUAUUUUGAUCCUCAAUCUUAUAUAGCCGAGGUUUGGCUGGCAGUUUACAAGGCAAUACCUAUUAAGAAAAGUCAUUGCUUAAAAAAUACUACCACAGAAGAGCAAGUUUUACAAUAUCUGUUCAGUCUAUUAACGAAAAAAGAAUUGACUCAAUCAACCAUAUUUUUUGACAUUAAUCCACCAAAUGCCCAAUUAUCAUAUGCUGUUGUCGAUAAAUCGAGUUUCAAAAAUCUGAUUCUCCCAAGUGAUAUUCUAUGUGGAGAAUGUUAUCAGAGUAUAUCUAAAGUUUGGUUGGAUUUUUUGGAAAAAAAUCCAUCGACGAUUGAUUUAGCAAAAAAAGAUUUCGAUGGGAUAUCGAGUAUAUUGAAAGGAAAUUUCAGUAAAACAUGCAAAACAUUUAUCACUAAUAGCAGUAAUAGCAGUAAUAGUGAAGGAAUUCAAUAUUUGAUUUAA